AUGAUGUACCAGGAUAUAUCUAUGGAGCAAAAGCCAUUUAUUUGGAGAACACUUCAAGAACAUAAUGAUACAAAUGAUACUAAAAUUUGUAGAAAUUCUGUACAAGGGAAAGCAAUAAUUGUUGAUGACAAAGGUUAUGUAUGCCAGAGGAAGGAUAUGAUGAAGAAUGGCUGUUGCAAUCCAGAUGCAGAGUCUACAUCCAGAUAUAGUUGUGAAUCGUGUAAACAAAAUAACUGCUGCAUUGAAUAUGAAUUUUGUGUAUCUUGUUGUUUGGACCCAAGCAAGAGAGACAUGUUAGAAUUAGUUCUUUCGAAACUUUCUGCAGAAGAAAAUGUACUGUUUCGUUCAUUGACUGAUGACUACGAACUGUGCUUGACAAAAUGCCGCACCAGUUCUCAUAGUGUACAACAUGAGAACUCGUAUAAAGACCCAACACAUAAGCAUUGUUUUGGUGAUGAGCCACCAGGAACAAGGACACCUGAC